AUGCUAAGCCAGGGGCAUUUGCAAGAUAUCGGCCAAGGCGUGCCGUACGAGACGCCCCAUAGCCCACCUACUACGCUCGGCGAGAUCCUUGGCCACAUGCACUCUCAGGCUCACGCAUCUCGGCCGCGUCAGUUAAGGCCUUCGAUCGCAGGGACUAAGCGUACAGGCACGAAAAGAACGCCCAUCAGGCCAGCCCCACGAGAUCUCGGCUCGACAUCCGGCGAUCAGACGACGAAUGAACUGUCACGACAGGGAUCAACGAAUGUCCCAUCUCUGCAAUCGCCCCGAUCUUCCACACGUGGCGAGAUUCAAAGUCAAGUCGUUACUCGACGGCUCCCACAGCCAGCCAAGACAGGUGGCUUCGAUCCUUUCGACGCCUUUCCGGUACAGAUUGAUGGCGGAUUCAUAAACCUGUUCGACAGGUACUAUCGCGGCUACCGGUGGGAAGACCCAAAGCAGAAAUUGCUUGCCGAGACCGCCAGUGAUGCUCUCCUUUGCCACAGCUUUCUUGCUAUAGCUCACAACGUCUACCAUCCCAAUGAGGUUGAAGCUUUGAAGCAUGAGACGCAGACCAUCCAAGUCAUCUCGCAGGCGCUCAAAUCCACAAAGAUCACUUCACCGACUUCGACGGCUUCUGCUAAUGUCCCUCUAACUUGGGCGAUCUCGCGCCUGGCCAUGAUCCGUGCCCAACAAGGAGACUGGGAGACCGCGCUGAGGCACAUGAACGCGUGUGUGAUGACAUGCGGGCCGAUACCAAGUGUGCCCUAUGGGAGCACUCCACGAUCUAUACUGGCCGAAGUCGAGGCAUUGGGAUUCAAGCUCCCUCUGGCAUCUCUCGUGUCCCUACGACGUCAAGACAUCGAGCCUGAGCUCCGAGACAUCCUUUGUGCACUCAGUGCAUUAUGCUUCCCGGUGCCGUGUGCAGCCGAAUCUCACGCGACACACCUGGUCAGGCAGGGUAUUGAGAUGCUCAAAAUUGGCCUCUGGCUAGCAGAGCUCUCGCCUUUAAACCACGACGCUCUUGGCGAUUCACCCGCCCCAGAAUGGCAUGAUGAGCUACAAGAAUGCCUGAGGCUGGCGGCUUCCUUGUUUGUGCUGAGUCCGUCGCCCAUGUCAAGGGACGCAACUCGCCAAUUACGCAAGAAGCUGACGCCGGAUCUGCUCUGUGCAGCGACCGGAGCCCAAGGACAAGCAAAAACAGCUCAGGCUGCCUUGCCUUUCUGGAUUUUGCUGGUAUGCGGUGCGACAGCCCACGACACUGCGGAUCAGAUGCAUUUUGCCAAGCUGAUCAUGAUCAGCUUUCCAGGCUUUAUGGACCAUAACAUCAAUGGACCAGAAAUCCCCUUUUCCCGAUUAAGCGGUAAAUUUCUUCCACCGACAUUGGACUGCUUGAUCGCUGGUAUACACUACCUGAACAGUGCCAAUGGCUGGACGUUUGGUCCGGAAGAAUCGAAGCAAUGGCGACAACCAGUCGAGCCGACGCUGUCCACGGCCGUGGAGUCUGGCCACGGAGAUUCCAGUCCAAGAGAGAUGCAAAAGUGGCGGAAGUCUUCCUUCGGCGCGGCGACGGAAUCAUCGGCAAAGUAUUUUCUAGACCUGUACAUCAAGAUCACGGGAUGUAGACCGGACAAACAGGCAGCAGAGGAGAAACACUCGGUUGAAGUAUCCGUGAAGGCGGUGCAAGAUCAGGAUUCCGGAGAAAUUGAUUGCGAGGUCGAGUUUGAGAGUUUUAGCAUCGACGAUGAGUUCUUGUCUUUUUGA